AUGGAACAUUCGGGCUUGAAUGACAGACCCGCAGAGGGUAACCGCCGAAGUGUACUCGACAGACCAACCGAAUUGGAUGAUCUCGAUCAACUUUGGCCCUUGUUGGACGACCCCCUCCCCCUCAGCGAUGCGAUCACCCUCAACGAUGGGGUCGUCUCAAAAGUCAACACUCCAUACCUCAUAGGCUACCGGCCAGAAAAGUCCAACAGCCGUGGCAUUCUCAUCAUCGGAGGCGGAGGCUACGUUGAGUACAUGCUCAUGAAGGAAGGCAUCACUGUCGCAAAAUGGCUCAACACUCUUGGCUUCUAUGCAUUCGUUCUUGUGCACCGCUUUCCGAAUAGCGAGACUGGUCCUCAAGCUCCAUUGGACGAUGGGAGGAGGGCGCUCAAGAUCAUGGAGCAAAGUGGUCUCGCGCAGCAGGGUAUCAGCAUCUGUGGUCUUUCGUCAGGCGGACACCUCGGUGCUGCGCUUUUAGCAGAGUAUCCUGAUGUCUGGACAUCGCCCGAUCCUGAGAUGCCGCAGAUUGAGUUCGCUAUCCUUGGCUAUGGCCCAAUCUCUACGAAUGCAGUCGGCCGUCAGAUCAUCGAGAACAAACCACCACUGCCACCGAAAGAGAAGCAGGAAUUCUACAAUGUUGUGCAGCCUGAUGUGCAGCUUCGCUCUCCUGCGCCGCCCGCGUUCAUCGUCUACUCAAACAAUGAUCCCGUUGUUCCAGUUGUCAACGCCUAUCGACUAGCUGAAGGAUUUACGAAGUGUGGCGCUUCGGUUGAGUUACAUGUUUUUGCGGAUGCGCCUCAUGGAUUUGCGUUGAGUAGUGAUAAGGAUUUGCCAGUGUCUAAGUGGCCUUCUAUGUGUGAGGCAUGGUUAAGACAGCAUAAAUGGAUUCAAUAG